UAAAAGCCACCGCUUGACCACAGAUCGACACAACCAUCCGGGUCGCAGAAGCCUCUUGUGGAGUUCUCAGACCAGCAUAAGCAAACUAGACAUGAAGAUUCUGGCAGCUAUCUGUGUGCUCGCCGUCGGCGUCAGCGCACAGGUUGGGCAUUCAGGAAUCAUCAGUCCCGAUGGUGUCAACACUCAGUUCUCUCACGACUUCGCCAAUGAUAUCGCAUUAAUAGGACCUUCCGGCAUUGUUACCAAGUCUGGGAAUAACCGCCAGCUGACUCACGGUGAGGCUACCCUGCACGUGGCCACCCAUCCUGCCCCCGUGCCCGUGCCUCAGUUCGUAUCCCAGAGAGGUGUCAUCGGUCACUCAGGAAUUGUCCGCCCUGACGGUAAUAAUGUCCAGUUCACCCAGGAUCAGGUCGACAACAUUGUUCUGGUUGGACCUUCCGGCAUCGUCACCAAAGACGGCAGCAACAUCCAACUCACUGAUGACCUCCACUUUGUCCCCCGCACCAAGCGUUCGGCCCCUUUAAUUGGACCCUCUGGCAUGAUCACCGCUGAAGGUAUCCCCAUCCAGUUCUCCAAGCCAGGCGUCACCAUCCUGCUUGAAGGACCCUCCGGCUACGUCAUGAGCGACGGCACCCUCGUCCAGAAGCGCAGCAAGCGUCAUGUAAUAGGUGAGUCUGGUAUCAUCACCUCUGAUGGUCAACAGAUCCAGUUGGAGCACGGAGUGAAAGUGGUCCUUGUUGGUCCCUCCGGUAUCCUCCUCUCCAACGGCAAGAACAUCCAGCUGCAAUGAGUUGCCUGGCGUCUUAAAGCUACUCUCUAGUCUUGAGGUCUUCUUAAUUUGUAAAACAAACACCAGGUUGGUCAUUAAACAUGCACGCUUGUUCAUGUAAAACUGCAGCAGCAUAAAAAUUUAAGACCUUUGUGAAUAUUGUCAUCAAAAUAUUUUAUUCUAUUUUUACCAAUUCAAGUUUUUGCCAAAAGUUUUACAGUGAAGAAUUUUGUUGAGAAGAACACUGAAAUAAAGUCUUAACCAUACAA